GCCCUCCCGGCCCGUCCGCGCCGCGCGGAAAACAAAGCGGCGCCCGGAGCGGCCAUGGCGGGGACAGCCCGGCCGAGCGCUGCCUCCGCGGCCCGGCCCGGCGCCCGCUGCCCGCUCCCCCGCCGCCCUGCCCGGCCCCGCGUCCGCGUCCCUCCCGGAGCUUCUGCCCCCCUCCAUCCCGUCUCCUGGUGUUGAUUUUUAUUUCCCCCCCCCCCCUUCACUCCAACCCUCCUCAUUUUCCUCCCGAGCGCCGGGGUGUUUUUUUUUUUUUUUUAAUUUUUUAAUUUUUUUUUUUAUUUUUUAAAAAUAUUUUUCCAUUAAAACGACGCCACCUAGAGGAGACUAUUUCGUAAAUAAGGGGAAAAAAAAAAGAAAUUAAAAUUGCAAAAAAAAAAAAAAAAAAAGCAAUAUUCAGCUCUUUCUGAUUUAGCAGAAAGUUGGCGCCGGGAGGGGCGGGGGGGCGCGGAUCUGAUUUCGGUCUGUUUCUAAGCCAAACCUGUAAUGUGGAAAUGGAAAUUAAGCUGAAUUUGAAUGAAUUCUGUUUUUUUUUUUUUUUUUUCAAUUUUUUUAAUUUUUUUUUUUUUUACUCCCCUUUUUAUCCCCUUUUUUUCGGGGGGGUGGGGGGAGGGAUGGGAUGUCGCUGUGGGCUUUGGGCUGGGGGGGGAACUCCUGGAGUUGGAUGCAGGCGGCCCCUCCGAUGGCUGCCACGGAACGCUCACUUUCCCAAAGUGGGAGCAAUUAGGAAUUGUACUUCAUUGUAAUUUUGAACUUGCACGCUGCGCCAGAAUUGGGGUUUGCUGCAGUGCUGGAAGUGGUUUGUGUCAAACCAGGAGUUUUGCAGGAAAAUUGGAGCGUAGAAAAUUGGCUGUGGACACACCCCGGGUUUUAUUUAUUUUAUUUUUUAUUUUUUUUGGGGGGGGGGGGGGUGAUUUUGGAUUUCAUGCAGAACUGCUCUGAAACAAUGAGAUUGUGAGCAGAGCCCGGGGACGGCGGGGUGGGCAGAGCCGGGACUCAGAUGGCAGAUUGGUUUUUGAAUUUCUUGGCUUUCCGGAUGGUUUCUGCUGCCAUCAUUAAAGCAGUUUCCAGUGUUUAAUUUCCUAUUUCGUUUGUCAAGGAAAAAAAAAAAAAAAAAAAAAAAGAGAAAUUUCCAUAGGAGGUUUUUUCUUUUUUUUUUUUCCUCCUUUUUGUUUUUCUCUUUUUUUUUUUUUCUUUUUUUUGUUUUUCUUUUUUUCAACCCACUGCAACAACUCCAGAUCCGGUGCAUCUGAUCCAUCUGCGUUUGCACACGUUUGGUGGGAGCUCCGCCAUGACAUUGUGAAUGUGCAUAAUUAACAAUCUGAAGGGAAAAAAAAAAAAAAUUAAUUGCAGAUUUUUUAAUUUUUUUUUUUUUUCCCCAAAUUGCAAACCCGAAGUGCUUGGGAAGGGCGCUGCUUUUGGAGGAGGUUUUUCCCAAUUCCAGACUGCUUCUUUUCCUUGCCUGCCCUGCAAAACCUUCCUGGAGUUUGGGGUGGAAGUGUUUUUCUUUUCCCCUUUUCUCCUAAAUCGGCGCUGGGCGCGCGGUGUUGUGCUGUUGGAGGAGUUCAGGGCUGUGCGGGGACCGCUUGUUUUUGUAGGGUUGCCCUUGAAUAGUGGGGGUCUUGGUAUUGAUCUUUCAAAAAUAAAUGACAAAAGAGCUCCGAAACAUGCAUUGUUUCAAUAAAAAGCAAUAUGGGAGAGAGGGACCCAUGGCCUUUCCACCCAAAAGUGGGGGAGGGAGAGGAAGGGAACGAUGAGGUCAACGUUGAGUUUUACCAACCUUGACACAGUCUCCUCUCUAAAAUGGGGACAAAAUAGCAAGAUGGCUGGCGCUGCUCUGGGCUCUGCUCCACAGCUGCUGCAGUUUUUCUUUUUCUUUUUUUUUCUUUUUUUUUUUUUCCUGAAAAAAAGCUUUUUUUUUUUUUUGCUUUUUUUCUCUUUUUUUUCUCUCUCUCUUUUUUUUUUUUUUUCUUUUUUGCUUUUCCUGUAUAAUUUUGGUACUCCCGGAGUUUUGCAGAGCUGCGGGGUGCUGACGGGCGGCUGCUUCAGGGAAAUUAAAUUUCAGUCUGGGAUGAAUUUUCAAAUCUCAAUCUCAGAGCUCUGAAAAGUUUCUGUUUUAAUUGGAUUUCGCUGUAAUUCGAUCUUUCCUUGAAAUGAAGCUGAAAAAUUGAAGGACUCGGGGCUGGUUUCCCCCCUCUGCUCCUGUUUAUUUUGCAUUUCUCAAAGGGGGGGGCAAUGGAAAGGACUGGGAUUCCUCCUGGGGGGAGGAGAUUGCGCUCCCAAAUGUCAACUCCACAUUUUUUUUUAUUUUUGCGUUUAUUUCCCCCUCCCCCUUCCAGCCCUCCUCCUGAACCUUUUUUAGCACAUGCCGGAUUAAGGACCACGGUGCGCAGACAGAGAGGGGGCAGAAAUGACCCACCGGUUUCCACGUCGGAUGAGACAAUCCCCGACUGUGUUUUCAUUGCUGCUUUCAGGCAGGGAGCCGCAGCGCAGUGCCUUCCCCGUGUUGUUUUACACCAGGAAUCCCUCCCUCGCCCCCCAGGUUUCACCCCCUCUGUGGCUGUACCAAAAGAAGCCGCUUAGCUUCCAUUUUUAUUUUUGUUUUUGGUAAAUUUAAAUUUUAAUUUAUUUUAGGUUUCACUCGGUUUCUCCCAGCAGUGCCUUUUGCUGAUGCUUUUUCUCUCCCCCUCCGCCCCCCAGCACCCUCACUUGGAGGUUUGGGGUUGUGCUUUUGGGGGGUGCGGGAGUUGGAGGUGGGGGGGGGGGGGGGGUUGAAUUGAAUUAGAGAUAAUGGCAUAUAUUCCCGUUUUGGGUCAGAAAUGGUACGUUUUAGGGUUUUAUCUCUGAAGUUUCUCGUGGUCUCUUAGAAUAUCAGACUUGGGACUGGUUUGUACGCGCUGUGCUGAGGAUGGGCGGGCAGUCCGCAGGUGGUACCACAGGUUGGGGUUUGGGAUGCGGUGCCAUAGAGCUGGGCUGCAACUCAUGGGGAUGUGCUUGAACUCCUUUACUAACUUUAAUCAGUUUCAUUUGAAAACAGCUCCCAUGAUGUGCUCCACUGGUGAUAGAAAGCCACAAUUUAAGUUACAGCGGGUUCCUCAGUCUAAACUUGCUGCAUGCUGACAUCCUUCCAGAAGGACCCUCCUUCUGCUUGGGGUCUCUUUGCACAAUUUCUCAUUGCAGUCUGCUUCCAAAAGACUUUUUUACUAUUUUAUGUUGUGGAACACUGGUCAGUAUUUAUCAUUUUAAGUGAUGUGAAGGAGCCACCCCAGCACAGCAAUACCAGCUCAGCUCAGCGCAGGACCAAUGUGUUUCUGUAGAAAGAUUUUCACCCGGUCCUCAGCGAGCGAUGGAAAUAGACACAACAUUAUUAAAGUAGUAGAUAAUAUUUACACAAGCGCUGUAUAAAAUGUUACGAUCCUACUUGCAGAACUCCGGGAUGAUUUAAAUACAGUUCACUGCCAUAAUGCCGUGAGCAGCACCGGUCUCAGUGCAAUCACGUGGGCCGGUGAUGUACAGUCAGUUUGCAGUUUCGCAAGCACAGUACUGAAAUUGGGGUUCUAUAAAUUAGAUUUAAUUAUUAUUUUUUCGAUUUUAUUUUGGCAGCCUGCACUAGGAGGAAUUUGGGGGUUGUACCCUGAAGGCCAUUUAGAUUUUGGAAGCAAUGCGGUGCAGGGCAGAGGGAUAACUUAGCCAGGGAGCUUCUGUGGCCGUGCUGUGUGUGUGAGGCCUGCUGGGUGUGCAGCAGGGAGUGCUGGCUGGGUCACGUUGUUCUCUGCUGGUACUGCCCGGGGUUCUGCAGUUCAUGCUCUGCUCCGUGAGCUGCUCCAAUUCCUGCUUGGUCCACACAGACAACUGUGGCGUGCUGAUUGUGCUACUUCAGGAGUGGAAAACCCUAAAGUGAAUGGGGUUGAUCACACAGUGCGUGCCCAGCAAUGUGUCUUUGGCAUCUUGUGCGCAGAAAUAGGCCCUGCUUGUAGACAGGGGCACAACCAGUGGCAGAAAGCGCCUUUGCAGAGCCUGCGAGCGUGGCUGGAGGUUGUGGUCCCUUUUUGGUAAGGAGCACAGAUAAAUGGCACUGGGAGGUGUUUAUUUCUUGUAAUCUCUGUAUUUCUGAGCUGUUACAACUGCAGUGUUUUUUUGAAAGUGUGCAUUCAGUUUGGGCAUACUGCGCUUCCUAGGGAAGAAGUUUCUAAUUUUUUAAAGGUCUUUUAUGGAUUAAUUGCUAGUCAUCUGCCUCCUUUUUGCUUUUGUUUAGUUCCUUGAAUGUCUCUUGAUUAUUCUGUACUAUGUGAUGCCAAUUUAGUGGUUAACUGGUAUGCAAACUACAUCUGGACGUGUUGACUUUGCAUUAACAAUCAUUGAUUUGUCUGGAGCAAGGGAAUAGGAAUGAAUGAUGCUGUUUACCGUGGAUAGUAUAUGAAAAAUAACCAUUUGCAACGUAUCUUUCACCAGUGGCAUGCAGCGCUGGUGCAACUUGUCAUAGAAGCUGUGCCUCAUCAGCAGCCUCGUGAGAGCUGAAUUUUAAGCUUUAGCACCAGGAGGGGGAAAAAGACACAGGGAAGCAGCCACACAGCCCUGAGCUGAUGGAGCUCAGAGAGCACCGGGACACCACUCAGCCCUAGGGUUGGGGUUUGGGUGGGGGUCAGGUUGGGCUCAGUGAUCCCUGUGGGUACCAUCCAACUUGGGAUAUCCUUUGAUUUCAUGAAAAACAGUAUAUACACGUUUAUUCUCUUCAAAAGAAAGGAAAGGCUGAAGGACCUUCCCGAACAGCAUGUCCCUUCCCAAGGUGCAUUCUGGAGACAUCAAAUGAUUUAUAAAGGCAGGGUUGCCUUCCCUUGGUUGAUGUUGGUUAUUUACACCUUGAAUCUUCCUUCUCCACCUGCAGUCUUGGGCCUUGUCUGCUGUGCCACUGGUGGGGUUUUGGUGCUGUGUGAGGUUGGGUGUGAGCAUUGGCCUUUUCCUUGGACUUCAGUCAGCGGGCUUGGCUCUUUGCACACAGGAGUUGCUCUGGAGUUUGCAUGUGCCAGCUGGGUACCAAAAGGAUGGAUAUAGGUAGCCUCCUGAGAUGUGGAUGUUGUGUCCUGACAAUAUUUAGGGUGUAAAUGCACGUGUAAGAAAGCAUUGCUGCAAAGAUGUUUCUCAUGCAGAGGCCUUUUGGGAGAGGGUGCGACGUUGAGGCUAUGAGUGGCGUAGAAGCAACUCUUGAUGUUAGCAGAUUUGGCCCUGCACCCCUACUUAAACCACUUCUGUGCAGAUGUGGAAUUAGUUUUGUGCGCUACCUUUAGUUUUUUUGAAGGGGCAACUGAUGGGCAGUUGGCUCUGCCGUGUUCACUCAUCUGGACACUCGUGCUGAUGUACUCAAAGCCUUUGCUCCAACUGAGAUGUUAUUAGGUAGCUCAGAGAGUGGAAUCAUGGCAGUUACACAGCUCCCUGUGGAAGUCAGAGCAGCUGAACCCAUCAGUCUCUAGGGUCCAGAUGACUCCCGGAUGAGGUCAGGGCAGUGCUGGAAGCAACGUGGCUGGUUUAUGGUAGAACUGCUGGAUUGCUCUGGGGCAGUCAUGCAGAGGGCCUGGGGCAAAAUGCAGUGUGUUCUGGUGGUGGGACCAGUGUCAGCACACCUGGUGUUCUGCUGGGGCAGCUCUUCUCAGGAGUCUUUCUCCUCAUUUGUUGUUUCUCUAACCUGUAUUGCCAGGGCACUCCUUAAUACGCAUGUUACAAAGGCUUAGCUGGAGCACUGUACCUGUAAAGAUUUAAUUACAUAGGCAAGGUUCCUCGCUUGUAAUUUACAGUACUGCUGUUUGUUUCACAUCUAUAUUUGGCUGGCAUAACUUGAAAAAUGACACUGGAAGUGGAAAAGCAAUGACUGGAGAUGAUGUGUAUCCUGAUGCUAGCUGACAAAGGGGAGAAGCCAAUAUCGGCACACAGAGCAGAGGUGGGGGCUGCUGACGCCGUUAAGGAGCCAUUGUGUGUAGGAGGAAUCAAUACCUGUGUGUAUGGUUAUGCAUACAGACGUGUCUGGAAGGCUGGGUGUAUCCAUGGAGGACAGAGGGCUCUGGGGAGGCUGGGCACUGCCUGGGCCUUUGGCACUGUACUGGCCAGGCCUCGGGUUGUGAAUGUGGGGGCUCAGUGAGCAUCGGUAUCCUGGGCCUUGCUCAGACCCUGGGAAUGGCACUGCAUGAGGUUCAGCAUCUCAGCAGGGGACAGAAUUAAAUCACAAAGGGCCAGUGGGAUGCUCAGAGGGCCAGACCUCUGUGAAGAAAGGCUGAGGAUCUGGGGGUGUUCAGCCUGGAGAAGGGAAGGCUGCGGGGGGACCUCAUUGCGGCCUUCCGGUGCUUGAGGGGGGCUUACAAACAGCCGUGCUGUGACUCUGUGGAACCCGGGCCUCUCGCCAGCAGGCCCAGCAGGUCUGCGUGGCACCGCCGCGUCCUCAGGCCUCUGCUCAUAAUGCAGCAGUUUGGUUUUGCUAGGUGUGUUCAGGCUGCGAGUAAUUUUUCGAAAGUUAAUUUUUCACUCUGUGUGGGUGUAGGUGUCCUUCCCUGUCUGAAAAUAACAGCAGAAGCAAAGUUUUUCAGCAGAACUUGGGUGUGCUUGCGUUGAAGGCCCGUCAUUUAGGUUCUGCUUACAGCGUGGGGAGAACGAUUUUAGUAUAAGCGUUUCAUUGCUCUCGGCCUAUUUAUGGAAGUAUUAAACCUCAGUGCUCAAAACUCUGUGGCCGGAGCCGGCAGUGCUGCAGUGCGGGAGGGCUGCGGGGAACGCAGAGCGGGGCGGCCAUGAGGAGUGCUCCAAAGCAGAUCCCAGAGGUGGCUGUUCUGGUGAUUUGUCUUUGUUGUUGUUGUUGUUACUAUUUUAACUAUGAUUCCUUGUAUUUAAACUGCUGGAUAUGCUUUGGGACCAGAGCUGAGAUGUGCACGAGCUGCCUUGGUAGAGCCGUAUGUAGCUUGAAACCCAAGGGUGGCUGCAGGCAUUGGGGUGUAAAGCUGUCACUCGAGGUCUUCAGUCUGGGAGCUGCAAAUCUUCAGCUUUUACCAGCAUUCCUGAUAACUCAUCAUUUUGAGGAUGGGAAGGAAGAGUUGAAAGGAUAGAGGAUAAUUAUUUGCUGGAAACAUGAUACCUUCUCAGAUUUCUGUAUGCGUUUUUGAAACCCAUGUGGAGAGGCACAGCUGGGUUUGGGUGAGGCACAUGGUGGAGGAGAACUGGAAACCCCGUUGGGAAUCAUGGAUGGAAUCAUUUCAGUUGGAAGGAACCCUUAAAGGCUGUCUGGUUCCAUUCCCUGCAGUGCAGCGGGACACCCACAGCUCCAUCAGUGCUCAGAGUUCCAUCCAGCUCUGACCUUGGCUGUCUGCAGGGAUGGGGCACCACCACCUCUCAGGACAACCUGUGCAGUGCCUCACUGCCCUUAUUGUAAAAAAAACUUCUCCCUUAUGACCAGUCUAGAUCUCCUUCUUUUAACUGGAAACCAGUUAAACAAUUUCCCUUGUGUUAUCACGGCCAACCAAGCUAAGGAGUCUGUCCUCCUCCUUCUCACAGCCCUGUAGAUACUGACAGGCCACUCUCAGCUCUCUUCUCUUCUUUCUGCAGAGCCCCAGCUCUCAGCCUGUCCUUUCAGGGAGGUGUUCCAUCCCUGGGGUCAUUUUUGUGUCCCCCCUCUGGAUGUGUUCCAAACAGGUCUGCCUCUCUGCUGUACUGAGGACUCCACAUGUGGAUACAGUAAUCACUGGGAUUGCUCUGAGCAUUCAGGUGGUGCCAUCAGCAGGAGCUCACGAUGGGAUCUCAAGGUGCUCGAGUGCAUCCUGGGGACAGCAGUGCUGACAAUGGCAUCUGGAAUGGGUGAAGACCAGUGGUCAGUGGCCCUUAUGCUGCAAGGAUGAAUGUGAGCUGGCGGGAUGGGCCGGAGAUGAACAUUGUUGGCUAAGGAAUUAAUUUUGACUUUUUUUUUUUAUGUUAGACUGUUUCAUGGCAUGUGGCUUCGGUUAUCUGCUCGUGGUUAAUGCCACCAAAGCAUGCUGCAUACUGAGCUGAGGGAGGGAUAUUUUUACCUUCUUAUCUGUCUUUAUUUUAAAGAUCUACAAAUUUGGGUGGGUGGUGAUAACAGCAGUUAGAAUUAGCAGUUCUCCUGAAUCAUGCUUGGUAGGAUAUUGCCACAGAGAUGGCCCUGGAGGGUGACCCUCUGUUCCCAGGGUUGGGAGGCAGAGUGCAUCUGGAGCAAGUUGGUGGGACUGGGAUCAUCACGUGUGGUCUGAGGGUGGUGGUGCAAUUCCUGCUUCUACAUAUGGGGUAUGGAUACUGGAGGGAUGUGGGAAUGAGUCCAUUGGAGCACUCUCUGCUCAGUGGAUGUGUUCUUGCCAUUGGUAGAUGAGAAAAAGCAUCCCCAAAUUGACAAACACAAGAGUCCCUCUUCCUGAAACCUUGCAUGUAUUUAAAUUAUUAUUAUUUUUUUUAACAUCUUAAUUGGUUUAUUUGCUAAAAAGUAAAUUUACUGAGAAUGGUCCAUUGCUUUUGAUUUGUGAUAAUGUUGUGUAGAUAGCAGCCACACAUUGUGAAUGUUUGUCUAACUCGUGUAUGUUUGUGCUUUCCUCUCUUACAAAGAACUCUCUGGCCUUCCUAUUCCAGCAUAAACAGUGCUUGUGUUGCAGUUCAUUAGGUGAUAUUUAAAAUGUAUAAAAUGAAAUGUUCCUGUCUACCUUAAGCAGACAUAUGUCUACGUUUUACAAAUUAACCUAAUUAAAUAUAUAUGUAGAAAUCUAUGAUCCUCGGCUCCGAGCAGAAGAUAUGCAAUUAGCAUCCAUGGAGCCAGGAAGGAAUUUUCCAUUUGUGUCUUGACUUUUCCUCAUAGGAUGUGCUUUUUUUUUUCUUUUUCCUUUUUCUUUCAAUGCUUCAAAUUUUAUUCUGCUUAGGAAUUCACACAAGGGCUGGUCCUGCAGGGAUUUAUGCUCGUGGUUCAAUUUCCCCACAAGUAUUUUGACUGAAGUCAUUAAAAUGGUACCCCGGUCCUCUGCUUCAGCCUAUCCCUUUGACUCUGCAGGACAGAGGAUCUAAUUUUGUUAAGAGAAUAUUAUCAUGGGGAAAAUAUCAUUCUGGAGGAAAAAUGGCACUGGAAUAUUUACAUUUUUCAAGCCUCUUCCUUCCUCCCACCCAAAAAUAGAAAAAAAAAUUAUCUGUCUCCUCUGGAUUUAUGUAAUUUUCAAGUGCUGGGCCAGCAUUGUUUCCAAAACACACAGUCCUUCCACCUUAACUCCCUCUAUGGCAAGAGGGCCCUGGCGCAAUAAAUACAAGGAAUAUAUUCCAUUAAUACACGCUUUCAGACAGAACAGUUCUGGCACCAGAAAUAAUACAUUUUAGUUUCUUUUCUGCCAAAGUGUUUUUUUUUCUCUUUUAUUAAUUUAGGUUUGAUUGUGUUAUAAUAGUUUGUUAUAUAAAUAACCGUUUGGUGUAUUUUGCAUCUCAAUAGUUGAAUGAAUUUAUUAACAAAAAGCCUUUCUUCCCCUAUAAACAUCCCCACUGUUACCCAAAGGCACUCCUUCCUAGCAGAACCCACGAAGGGGAUGACGUUCCCAGCUCAGCUAUUUUAAUGAUCCCACAAACCAAAAAAAGCCAUAGGAAAUUUUUUUAAAAGCAAAUUGCAGAAACUUCUUUUGUUUUUUUUUUUUUUAGGCCAUCGUAACUUCUACACUUUUUGUCCAGUUAUUUUUGUUAGGUUUUUCACGUAGUCAUAACAGCGAGCCAUAAACUCAGAGACUCUGGGGCUGUUCUUUCUUUCUGGGGAAAGUGUAGGGCUUUUAAACUUGACCCAAAAUGGAGCAAAACCAACUCAAAGAGCAUCCUCUUUGGAUGGAGGCUGUGGGGCUGCACACCCAGCAAACACACGGGCUCUGUUACAAAUUCCUGUGCGAGGACUAUUAAUAAUUUUGCACAAAGAAGGUGAGAUGUUGGAUCAGAACCAUUUUUUCCCUUUUGGAUACCUCUGUGAAUUCAUCCUCCAGCAUUUUCCUUUAACUUUCUGCCCUGCUGCCUUGCACUGGCUGCAUUUCGAAGCGUCGUGGAACGUUUGCUCUAAGCACAUCUGCAGACAUGUCUCUGCAGGAGCUUACUGCUCCCUGUGCUGUCUCAGGUUGGUGCUAGGUGGGUGGAUUCUCUCACUCCUCCUGGGUGUUUUUAUGCCCUCUGCCAUAGGGUGAAGCCUUCUUACAUGUGGUGGUCAGGCUUUGGUUUGCGUUGGCUGAGUGGCAGCCAACUUUGUAAGUUAGGAAAGAGUUUGCAGCUCUGUUUUCCGGGCUUUCUUGUGAGCCUACAGCUUUGGCAGCAAGCUCUGCAGGGCAGGACCUGUCUUACACCUGUGUCUGCUGUAACUCCAGGUAUGGGACAGAUGCCUUAUUAAUAAUAACUUCAUUUUCUACUCCAGCAGGUACAGUGCACAGUGGUUUCCUUCUCAGCUCUGUUUCACAGCACUGCACAACCCUGUGGAUGCUCCUCAAGUCCCAGCAGUGCUGCAGGCCAUCAUUAAGCGGGGGUUUCAGUAGCCUUGCAUUACUGAGCACCGAGGCAACGAGUUGUGUGCUCACUGUGGCUGCCAUUUAUUUCAGUAAAGAGGAGCACGAAAGAGAUUUGCUCUUCCAGUUCUCUUUCUGCAGUUGUUUUUGAGGCAGGAUCACCAGAACUCUUUAUGGUGCUGUGUGUUUGGCAGUGCGUGUUGGUGCUUUCUCUGUUCCUUUGCUAAUUAAUUGUUUCACUUGCCGUGCUGGCCACCAUCAGGCUCACACUGCUGGAGGAGUGCCCUCAGCGGCUCCUCAGUUGCUUUUGUGAAUGCUAAUGGCUAAUUUAGAUGCCUUUAUUUUGUGUGUGCCAUUGGGGUUGCUUUUCCCUGGCUGUAUUGCUUUGCACGUAUCCAUGCCGAAUUUCAACAUCUCUUUUGCUACCUACUUUCCUGCAUCAUGCGGUCAUUCUGCUGCUUGGAUUUGGCCUGAGGAGCAUCUUGUCCACAGCCUUGGUGACUCCUCAUCCCUUUCUCCACAUCUCACCUGGUGCACUGAGCAGGUGUCUGCCUGGUCCCUGUUACAGUAUCAGACUAUUCCUGCCCUUCAUUCUCUUUCAAUCAGUCGUUAAUCAAUGAGAUGAUUUCUUUCUUUCUCCUGUGCGUAUGACAGCCCUGUGGGUGCACUUGCUGUAAGAGCCUUUCUAGAGGAAACUUGGCUAAGACUUGAAAAUUUGGGUAUACUGCAUCUCUCACUCAUCUUUCUCUACUUGCUCAUCCAUCCUUUCCAGCUGCCCUAGUAGUUCUGUGAGCUAUGGCUGCCUACAAAGCUGUGCUCACUCCUGUUGUGUCCUUUUUGUCAGAUAUUCUGUUUGUAGUAACUUUUCAGCCACAAAACCCAAGUUCUGCAGUUGUAUUCAUUGGAUCUCUCCUGUAACCCUUCUAAAACCUUGAUCACAGAAUCAUAGAAUGGCCUGGGUUGAAAAGGACCACAGUGCUCAUCCGGUUCCAACCCCCUGCUAUGUGCAGGGUCACCAACCACCAGCCCAGGCUGCCCAGGGCCACAUCCAGCCUGGCCUUGAAUGCCUGCAGGGAUGGGGCAUCCACACCUCCUUGGGCAACCUGAUACAAGUGAGUUUGUGGUAGCUAGGCAGUGGUAGUAGCUUCAUGCCUUUCAGGCUCUUGGAUGGAUACUCGCCCUGUUGUUGUUCUUGAACUGGUAAUUUUGUUAGGUAGGUUUACUUCUUCUGGUGACCCUGUAGUGUGAGGCAGAUCCUCACAUCACUCCUGAUGAAGGAAGAGACCAGAAAGGGAAUUCCUGAGCCCUUCCACUGGUGCAAAGAGGUUAAAUUUUUAGGCUGUGGUUUUACCUUCCUUCAGUUUUUGAUUUAUACCAGAAUCUGACUUGUGAUGCUUAUCUGCUUGAUUUUGUUAUUAUUAAAGUUAAUUUUUAUUCCUUUAAUGACCUCUUUCUCAAAAUCAUUUCUCUUUUUCAUUGGCCCCUGAUGGCUUCAAAUUUAGCUUCAGCGAGUUUACAUUCUUCUGUGAGUGUGUUUUUCUGUUUCUAAUGGCUCUUUUUACUCUGCUGUUUUAACCAAGCUCACCUGCUGCCUCUCACCUUUUGAACUGCACCGGUGACCUUCCUUUUAAAAAAUUCUCCCACUUAAGUUUCCUCUUCUUUAGUUAAAUCUUAGCUGAAUGUACUUUGUUGCGUGGCUUUUGUGUUGGGAAGAGCUUGGCUUUGAGGUGCUGGGGCACUGCAGCAGAGCUGGGCCUGUGGUCACCCCUCCUGGCUGCUGGGGGUGAGGAGCAGCAGGGUUCAGUGGUGGAGGGAGGACCUCCAACAUGCAGCUUCCUCCUGCUUGUGCUAUGGGUGGCCAUGUGGGACUCGAGGACAUUUGCAUUUCCUGAAGACAUCGUGCAGGGAGGUGAGAUAGAGCAUGCAGAGCAUCGCUCCUGCAGCAGUCAGGUCUCCCUGAACAUCCUGAGUUCAGCAAAUAGAACUGCAGGAACAACCUGCAGCCUUUCUGGUCUUCUUUGGCAUUGCGUAAAUGCUGUGGCCAUCCUCUGCUCACCAGUGCUGGAGCUGUAGCAGGGUUUGGGGUGGGCUCUGUUCUGUAAGGGUGCUCUGCAGCCCUUGGCCGUGGUGGUCCCCACCAAGCUUCACUCUGCAGUCAUCACUCAGCUCCGUCACUGCUGUGUAAUUGGGAUACAAACUGCAGUGCAUUGAGUCUUUUGUUUCCUACCUGAGUUUUAUAAAUAUCUAUAAAGUUUUUCAAGGAUGCAGUACGCUCAUGACCUCAUCAAUAGAAAAUGCUUUACUUAAACUGGGCGUUCUCCUGUGCCUGUUGAUUUUCUCAGGCUAUAGUUUAAAUAGUCCUUUCUAUGCUGGCAUCUGUUUUCAUUUUGGCUUUGUUGGAGUCCCGCUCUCUCGCAAGGGCUCCAUCUCCUUUGGCAUGAGCCUUGGGACCCUCAUCCCCUGCCUGCACCCUCUGGAGAGGCCUGGGAUUUCAGCUGAGGGUGCCACGUCGGUCCUGGGUUUUACUUUUCCCCAAACGGUUUGUUUCAUUUCCAGGAUCUGUUGUCAGUUUUGGUUUUGAAAUUUCUCCGAAACUGAAUCUCGCAUUCCCCUAUCCUGCUACCCCCCCCAUGCCAGAAACUGCUAAGAAUUAAAAUAAGGAGGAAAAAAGAAGAAUAAAAGGAAGGGAUGACAGUUAUCCUUGAGUUAGAAGUUAUCAAGUGCAGAAAAUUGAUAAAGGAAGUUAAAAAACACAAGGGAAAAAAAUCUGCGACUGUCACUGCAAAGAACAGAAAGAAAAUAUAUCAGGAACAAAAGAAAUUCUAAUAAUGGUUUGUGUAGACUUAUCACGACUGAGGAGAGCUAAAACGCAUAAUAAAGCAGAAAAACUAGACAUGUUUAAUAAAUAUUGCUGUUCCCUAUUUGUAAAGAAGAGGUGGGAUGUAUUCGUAGUGCGUGUGCAGAAGGGUUUGCUGCUAAGCAGGGGGUGCUGAGCUGGGAGCUGGAGGAGCAUUUUCAGCCGGCAUGGGUGGAUGCUGUACACAGGGCGCUCCUGGGGGGGGAUGGCUGUUGUGCCUCCUUUUUUAUUUUAUUUAUGUUUGUAUCCCCUUUUGGGUAUCUUGAGACCAUUCCAGCAAAGCUGGCAGAUGCUGCUGCUGCACCAUCUUAGCAUGAUGGGGAACAGCAGAGCAUGGGGUGCACAGAGCGCUGGGAGGGAAGUGAUGGGAAUGUCGAACAAACUGAGCUCGUUUGUAACAGCAGUGAUGGAGGCUGUGCUGAGUGCAUGGGCAAACACUGUGAUGUCACACAGCAUUUGGUUCCAGCAGCCCCUUGUAACAUCACACUUGUGUGGAACAGGAGCCGGAGGGUUCGGGUGUACCCUGGAGGCUCAGUGGGGACAUGUUGGUCACCAGCUGUCUCAAGGGACCUGCGGGCUCCUGGGGUUCCAUCAGGAAUGAUGGGCGUAGCACUGAGGGAAGUGUGCAUGCAGCGCUGUAUCACAAUAUGGAUUUUUCCUCAUGGUCUGGAGGAGCCUUUGCUCCCUGGUGCAGAUGAGAGGGAGAUGUAUUGGAGGAAGAAACGGGAGGCUGACGAAAGCAACAGCAGCGGGAGGAGGAGCUCUUCCAGCAGGGAGUGUUUGAAGAGGAGCCCGCGGAGCCCGAAAGCGGAGGGCUCCGAUUCGGUGACAUCUCAGUCCUCUCCCAGUGAAGAGGCUGGAAUGAUGACUGAGGUGAAGGUGAAAACAGAGGUACCAGAUGACUACAUCGAAGAGGUGAUCUGGCAGGACGACACCAAAGAUUCCAAGAAGAACAUAAAAGAUGGGCCUGGAGAUGUGCCGGCGGAGAUCUGCGUGGUGAUCGGAGGGGUCCGCAACCAGCAGACGCUCGAUGGAAAAGCAGUGGAACGUGGCUCUCCCGUUGGAUAUACACGAAAUCGAUAUUCAGGGACCUGGAUUUUUGACCAUGCAUUGAGAUACACGUCUGGGUCUUAUGAGUGUGGAAUAUGUGGGAAGAAAUACAAGUAUUACAACUGUUUCCAGACCCAUGUGCGAGCGCAUAGAGACACUGAAGCUGCCUCAGGUGAAGGAGCCUCACAAGGCAACAACUUUAGGUACACGUGUGACAUUUGUGGGAAAAAAUAUAAGUAUUACAGCUGCUUCCAAGAGCACAGAGACCUGCACGCCGUGGAUGUUUUUAGUGUGGAAGGGGCCCCAGAAAACCGGGCAGACCCCUAUGACCAGGCCGUCAUAGCAGCAGAAGAAGUGAAGGAGGAGGAGCCAGAACCGUUCCAGAAGAUUGGUCCAAAAACUGGCAAUUAUACCUGUGAAUUCUGUGGCAAGCAGUACAAAUACUACACUCCAUACCAAGAGCACGUGGCACUGCAUGCACCUAUUAAGUUCUCUCGAUCUCCACUCUUCGUGGCAGUGAAGACACAGGGGAGCCAAUCCAGCAAAAAAACACCGACUUCAAUAAACCGAUGUUCCACCCUCCUGCACCGCACCCCUUCCGGUGUCCCACCGACAUCCCAAUCCCAGAUGUUCCGCGCUCCAAAUUCUGGAUCCCCAGGAAGCAAGGCCAUCACAGCAGAAAGUGCUUUCAGCAGGAGAGUGGAAGGCAAAGCGCAAAACAACUUUGAAGAAACAAACAGCAACUCCCAGAACUCCAGCGCUGUUCAUUCGGGGACAGAAAAACCUAAAGAAAAGAGAUGUAAGCAGAACCCAUCAGAGCCUUACACCUGUGGAGCUUGUGGAAUCCAGUUCCAGUUUUAUAACAAUCUCCUGGAGCACAUGCAGUCCCAUGCAGCUGACAACGAGAACAAUAUUGCCUCUAGCCAGCCCAGAUCACCUCUACCUGUUGUUGAAGAGAAGUGGAAACCACAGCUCCAAAGAAAUAACACUAACAACACCUCUGCGAGUGGUUCCGUAGGGAACAGCACGAUCCCGGAGAAGGAGCGGCAGAACAUUGCCGAGAGGCUCCUGAGGGUGAUGUGCACUGACCUCGGGGCUCUGAGCGUGGUGAGCGGGAAGGAGUUCAUCAAGCUAGCACAGACCCUGGUGGAUAGUGGAGCUCGCUAUGGUGCCUUCUCUGUCACCGAAAUCCUUGGUAAUUUCAACACACUGGCUCUGAAGCAUUUGCCUCGGAUGUACAACCAAGUGAAGGUGAAAGUCACCUGCGCUCUGGGCAGCAACGCCUGCCUGGGCAUCGGGGUCACUUGUCACUCACAGAGCAUUGGCCCCGAUUCUUGCUACAUCCUAACAGCUUAUCAGGUGGAAGGCAACCACAUCAAGAGUUACGUCCUGGGAAUUAAGGGCGUAGAUAUUCGAGAUAAUGGUGAUUUUAUCCACCACUGGGUACAGAACGUGCUCUCAGAGUUUGUGAUGUCAGAGAUCAGGACGGUGUACGUCACAGACUGCAAAGUCAAUUCCUCUGCGUUCUCCAAGGCAGGCAUGUGCUUGCGUUGUUCGGCCUGUGCCUUGAACUCAGUAGUGCAGAGCGUGCUGAAUAAGCGAACUCUACAGGCUCGCAAUAUGCACGAAGUGAUCGAGCUCCUGAAUGUCUGUGAAGAUCUGGCAGGAUCCACAGGCCUCUCAAAGGAGACCUUUGGCUCCCUGGAGGAGACUUCUCCCCCGCCCUGCUGGAACUCGGUCACCGACUCCCUCCUCCUCGUGCACGAGCGCUACGAGCAGAUCUGCGAGUUCUACAGCAGGGCCAAGAAGAUGAACCUCAUCCAAAACCUGAACAAGCACCUGCUCAGCAACCUGGCGGCUAUUUUGGCGCCGGUGAAGCAGGCCGUGAUUGAGUUGAGCAACGAGAGCCGGCCCACCUUGCAGCUGGUACUGCCCACCUACGUCAAACUGGAGAAACUGUUCACUUCCAAAGCUAACGAUGCUGGUGUGGUCAGCAAACUUUGCCACCUCUUCUUGGAGGCGCUGAAGGAGAACUUCAAGGUUCAUUCGGCACACAAGGUAGCCAUGAUCUUAGACCCCCAGCAGAAGCUGCGGCCUGUCCCGCCGUACCAGCAUGAAGAGAUCAUUGGCAAGGUCUGUGAGUUGAUUAAUGAGGUGAAAGAGUCCUGGGCGGAAGAAACAGAAUUUGAACCUUCGACCAAGAAGCCCCGGGCAGCAGGGGAAGCCGCAGCAGCUCAGGAAGAAGAUUGGUUCGGGAAAAAUGAAGUCUACGAUUAUUUGCAAGAACCUCUCUUCCAGGCCACUCCUGACCUCUUUCAGUACUGGUCGUGUGUUACCCAAAAGCAUACAAAACUAGCCAAGCUAGCCUUUUGGCUCUUAGCAGUGCCUGCUGUUGGUGCCAGAAGCGAAUGUGUAAAUAUGUGUGAGCAGGCGCUCUUAAUCAAAAGGAGACGGCUACUCAGUCCAGAAGACAUGAACAAACUCAUGUUUUUGAAGUCCAACAUGCUUUAAGACUGUCUUUUAAUUAAAACAAAACUUUAAAACACUGUUCCAAACAAAGAAAAAGAAUUUAAGUUCUAAACACUGUGGACCUCAUUAUGAAUGCCCCUGGAAACCAAGUGCUUUUUUAUAUAUAUAUAAAAAUAUAAAUAUAUAUAAAAUUAAGUUUGAGAGGAAAGCUGAGCACGUGAGAGAGACAGCCCUCUGCCAGGAACGUGCUCCUUUCCAUAGAUAGUGUGUGGACUUGACAGACUUUCUAAUGUUUUCAAGUGGGCAGACCAAUGGGAGGCUGAUGUUCUAAAGUCUUCAGGCAGCUGAGAUCUAAAGUGACUUGAAGUUUCUUUUGUUUCUCCUCCACCCCACCUUUCCUCUUGUCCCCUGGGCCAUCUUGCCAUGGAUAAUCAGACUACAUUGAACAGAGCAGUUCUGCACUGGACUUUGCUCCUUUGAAUAACUGUACACCUUGAGGGCAUUUGUCUACAGCCUUCUUGACAUACGGUGCACGUUAUCAGGGCAGCUGUGUUUUAUGAACACCAAUAUCUUUAGAAAUCAGGAAGGGAGACUUUAAUUUUUUUAUUAUUAUUUCACCUCUUCAUAUAGGGUUUUUCAAAAAAAAAAAAAAACCAACAAAACCAAAAGUUACUCUUCUGUCUCCCAGUUUUGAGUUUAACAUGUUAGCUAGUGCUUAUAAGUUUGAUUUAAAACUAAGAGAAGUGAUUCAAGGCAGAAAAUGUCUGUAAUUGUUAUGUUUCUUGGAUUUACUUUUUUUCACAGCACACCAUCUUUUCUGAAUUCCCAGUGUAAAUUAGCUUCUCUGUGAAUUCUGUGCAUCAGGGGUUCUCAAGCUUGUUGGUAGAGUAGCCCAUUUGUGAUUAAAUAAUGUGCUUAUGGGAGCCACAGCAGUUGCUUACAUGGAAGAGCUAGAGACCAGGACAGGCAAGUGGUGCCCACUGUGGGCCAGCAGCAAGCUGGGGUCUGCCAUCUGCCAUUGAGAACCCUCAUACCUAAAAUUUUUGCAAACCUUCCACUCCUCACACUCGAAACAGCCUUCGCAAGGCCAAGGACAAACCAAGGUGUAUGAUUUUUCAGGGGAACAAAGAUCAUCAGUUUGGUCAAAGUAGGGUUUGAAGGAAGCUUAGAGAAGCGCAUGGGCUCAAAGAUCCUUCUGAAUGUAAGUGCUCCUGAUUGAGUGCAAAGAAUAUCUUUCCCUUUUAUUUGGAAUGGUUUCCUCUAGUAGCACGAAUGUCUUUUUUAAUACCUACAGUGCAUUACACUACUUGUUAUGUUGUUUAAUCGUUCUGGCUAGGAAGGAUACGGGCCCUUAAACGUUCACACUCACUGGCUCACCCCAAAUGCAAUUAGAGAUCAUCGUAACACAAAAACAUCUCCGUUGCUGCGUUCACUGAGGCCAGUGCUCUGCUGUGUCCGGUGCCGUGGGCGCAGUGCUGCGUGCUGCUGGAUGGGAUCUCUGCAGGCCGUCACAUUUGGUGCCUCUUGGACAAUUCCCAACUUCUGGUGCCAAAUUGUAAAUAUCCCAUCGCUGGGACUUGCAUCCCCAGAGGCCAACUGAAACCAAUUAUGAUUUUUGAAGCAGGCCCUCUAGCUUCCAGCAGUAUGCUCCAGAGCUGCUGUUGGAGGUGUGGGAGCGCAGUCAGGGCUCUCAGUGGAAGGCUGGGGUGCUCAGACAAUGCAGGGCUGUCUCUGGUGGCUGAGUGUGGUGGUAGGACCCAUCAGAUGUGGUGGGGCCCUCCGAAGUGCAUGCUUGAGACCUUCCCUAGAUCAAGGAUGGUGUUUGUACCCGCGUGUCUUGCCCCAGAACGACUUGCUUUUUUUGGCUAGCAUCAUGCAGUACUUACUGUAACCUGAGCACAGACCUUGGGCUGGCUGCACCUCUUGGCAUUGUUAAUGGCCUCAGGGCAAAACCAGUUGUCUCCUAAAUUGAGUUUUGCAUAUGAGUAACUACAAAGAUACAGAGUCCACAACCCCAUCCAUAACUGAAGGGAGAGCAGUGCAUGGAGGUGAGCAGCAGAGGCAGAGCUACUGGGAGGUCUGAUCUCUGGCAGUGGUUUUUGCAGACUGCAGGCCAGCUUUGCUCCUUGAUGGUUGAAUUUAUUUUCUCCCACACAGCUCCUGCUCACCCAGCAGCACAUCACAGGAGAAACCUGUAGCAAACAAAACCCAAGCCUCAGACUGAAACAAACAAACAAGAAAUCAGCAGGUAGAGGUGGGAGGUGUGCUAAUUAUCAAGCAUUUGUGCUGCAGGGCCUGCUAAAAAGCACGAGGGAUCCUACAGGAGGAAAACGGGGCUGAAGGACAUGUCGAAAGCAGGAUCGGCUGCUGAGCCUACAGAGCUCAGCAGAGGGCAGAGCUGGGGCCAGAUUUGCAGCUCUUUCUCUGGAUGGCAUGUUUGACCUUUGCACUUGGUUUGCCUUAGGCUCCGAGAGCCACUCGCAGGCUCUGUGACACCCAGGGCAAUGCGUGGCGUCUCCAUGUUCCUUUGAGACAGUGUUCCAAGCACUUCUUUCCUGAGGGCGAGGGCACCCAGAGCUCCCCUUCCCCUUCCUCUUCUCUUCUUUCGGGUUGGACGCAGUGAUCUCCAGAGGUCCCUUCCAACUGCUGCAAUUCUGUGAUUCUCAUACUCUGUCUGAGGCAGAGAUGCGAUGCUUUCUUGCAGCAGUGACCAAAUGCAGGGACCACCUGGCCCUCCUUCCCACUGCCUUCUCCGGGACACCUUUGGUUAUCAUUGCACUAACGCUGAGAUGGAUCUGGGCAAGCAUGCAGCGAUGUGUGGCAGAUGAGAUUCUCCCAAAGACUUAAAAACACAACUAGCAGCUGAAGAAGCAAAGCAAAACAUAAGGCCCUGAAACUGAGUGGUCUGGAGGGUCUUGGUAAGAAGACAGGCUGGCCAGAACCUUUUCCAGUGUGUCAACCGCAGCUUUUCAUGAGGCUUAAGGGAUGUCAUUGGGUCCUCUGCUCAGAGGAGCUGUUGGUGCUGUGCUUGCUCAUUGCUUGUGUCUGAUGUACCUCACUGAAAGGAGAGAAGCACAUCUGGAGCACUCCUAUGUACCCUAAAGGCCAAGUGCUUCUCUUGCUUCUCCUUUCCUCCUUUAGGACUCAGAUGUGUAUUAUAGGGAGUGUAGAUAACUUUACCAACGUCUGAAUUUUGGAAACCCUUCAUUUACCAGGUUACUGGGGUUGGCUUGUUGAGAGCUCAGCAUGGAGCAACUCUUGUUCAGUACAGAGUACUGCCUGUCCUGCAGUGGGAAGCAGUAGGAGAGAGGCUCUCCUGGGCUUGACCAGAAAACAUUAUGUCAGUGCCAUGAGGUUCUACUUCCUUUGAGCUGGGAAACAUCCUCAGAGUUGGUGCAUCAACUUAUAGUAGAUCAUGUUGGGAGUUUGUCUUCUGCUAGUUCUGUUCUGUUCACUUGCACUUGGGAAGGGUGUUUGGAGAAAAAAAAUGAUGUGUGCAUCCUCCAGGCAUUUACUUGUUUGUGCUGUUUGCUCUGUGCCUGCAGACUUCACUUUCCAACUUAGGGUUUGCUGUGGGGGUGGCUGUGAUCUGCAGCAGGAGCAGGCACCAACGGGAGGGGAACUGGGAGGAGUGAAGGGGUCUUGGUGCUGUUCAAAGUUCUCUGCAGAACUGAGGAGCUCAGAAGGGUGUUGUGUGAGGAUGGCAGUCAGGUGAUGUUGGUCUCCAUGUCCAUCUCUCCUUGUGUCUCAGGCAGUAGGCAGCAGUUGUUCUGGCUUGCAGGAUGGGCUGCUGUGUUGUAUUGUUUCUGGGUCCCUUCAGAUGGAAGGAUUCUUUUAUUCUUUUGCCAAAGUUUUGUCUGUUGUGAGAAAACUGAUUUGGUUGGAUUUGAACUGGUGCAGUCUGCAAGAGAUUUUGUGGCAGCGAACCACAGGCUCAGGUUUUGCCCAGUGCAGAGGUCUGUUGGUUCCUGCAUGAAGCAGUCUCACUGAGAUACAUUGGUUUAAACACAGCUGUGACCCACUGGCAUGGUUUGGCUGUGUGUGGUGCUGCUCUCCCCUGCAGUCAGAAUGCGCCCAGAGGCAGCUCAGGGAGCUGCAACCCUGCAGUGAAGUUGGGGAAGAAACACUCAUAAGAGUUGGGAGUCACUGAAAUCACUUCUGGAGACUGCUGAGCUCAAUGUUGAGGUUCCUGUGUUGUUACAAGGUGCAGCAAGAUGUCUCUGGUCGGUUGGUGUUUCUCGAGAUGCUUGCAGAAACACAAGAGGCAUAGGGAGAAGAAAUCCCUGCGUGUGCUGUUGUGGGUGGAUCCACUCAACCCCACACGGGGUGCUGCAUGGAAGCAGAAUCCAAGACACUCCCUGCUAGGACUCCCUAGCACUGCAUCUGCAGAUGCUGCACUGCAUCACUGAGGAGCCAGGAGGUGGUCCAAGAGCAACCACAAAGCUGCCCAGCAGCUGGGAGCCCUGCCUUGUGCUGAAGAGGGCUUAUCAUUUCUGCUUAUGGGAGGAGAGAGGCUCUGUGAGCUAUCAGAGAGGGCUGGUCGUUCCUUGCAGAGUCAUUAGGAGUAGUGAGGUGAGAGUGAACAACCAACAAAGACACUAAAAGCAGAUUCUGGGAAUUGUUUGUUUGUUUGUUUGUUUAAUGUAGGAGAAAUCUGCUACCUGGGAGGAAAUUGGCACAGGGACGGGUUUUUAUGGAUCACAGCCCUGCUGGAAAGGACCUCCAGGGUAUUGGUGAAUGGCAGCUGGACAUGAGCCAGCAGUGCGCCCUCACAGCCCAGAGAGCCAGCCAUACCCUGGGCUGCAUCCAAAGCAAUGUGCCAGCAGGGCAGGGAGGGGAUCUGCCCCUCUGCUCUGUGCUGUGAGACCUCACCUGGAGCACUGCGUGAUGGGGAGUGCUCAUUGCAGGAGAGACACAGAGCUGUUGGAGGAGGGCCACAAAAAUGAUCCCAGGGAUGGAGCGCCUCCCUGCAAGGACAGGCUGAGAGCUGGGGCUGUACAGCCUGGAGAAGAGAAGGCUGUGGGGAGAGCUGAGGGCAGCCUGUCAGUGUCUACAGGCUUGUGAGAAGGGAGGGGACAGACUCUUCAGCAGGGGCUGCUGUAAUUGCACAAGGGGAAAUGGCUUCAAACUAAAGGACAGGAAAUGUAAAUUGGAUAUAAGGAAGAAAUUCUCAACAAUAAGGGCAGUGAGGCACUGCACGGGUUGGCCAGAGAGGUGGUGGUGCCCCAUCCCUGCAGACAGCCAAGGUCAGAGCUGGACGGGGCUCUGAGCUCUGAUGGAGCUGUGGAUGUCUCUGUGCACUGCAGGGAGUGGGACUGGAUGGCCUUUGAAGGUCCCUUGCAACUCAGAAGUUUCUGUAGUUCUGUGAUUCUUUGGACCCAACCAGAGCCUGGAUAGGAGGGUUGGGAAGCAAACGCUCCACAUACAGUGGAACAUGGAUAGAACUGGGGCUGGAGGAGCAUUAGGUGGUGUUCUUCUGCUGUGCGUUUUCUGUGAUCUCAAGUCCAGGGGAUCCAUUGGGAGUGCCCACAACACCUGGGCUGGGUCGUGGGGUGCUGUCAGAUCCCUUUGGAGAAGUGUCCCCACAGCAGUAGGGUCCAGUGCAUGGCGUAUGUGACCCUGUGUGCAAGUGUCCCCUUCCUGGGCCCCGGGAGGUGCCACCGAGCAAAGCCACAGCAUGGGGAGGUGAAGCCAAGCACAGCCCAAGGCUGCAGACCUUGCUGGUGCUGCAGGACAGUUUGCAUACGCUAGGCCAGAAAUGGUUUACCAAUGAGAGUGUAUUGCCCUGGAAUUUAAUUUUUUCUGUAUGGAAUGUGUGGGGGAUGUCUGUCCAGCUGUUGGUUGGGUUGUUUUGCUGUUCCUGGUAGAGCCUUUUGUUUUAUGACUUGGCAGAGGAGUUUUGUUCACGUUAGACAGCAGUGUGUCCAGAAGCCCCCAUAGGGUUUAACGAUCUGUAGGCAGCCGAGCUGGAGUGUUUGAGGAUAGCCUGGGAGGUGAGGCACACCGACAUCCUGCCCAGCACCGACCGCUGGCUGAAGGACUCCCUUCCCUCCCAUCAUCUCAGUGUCACCAACAGUGUAAGCGUGUCCCAACGCCGCGAGCACCACAGCCUUAAGGACUGAGCAUUUGGCAGUGCAGAUGAGUGCAGGCGUGUCCAACCCUUGCUUUUUACAACCAAAGUUCCUUAAUAAGACCCUUCCGUUCUCACCAGCCACGAAGGCUCGUGGUCCAUCUUCUGGGGCUCUCGUGGCACUCCGGUGUGUGGGUAGGGGUUCCACCAGGCUGGGCUGGGAGGAGGGAUGUUCUUUCUUUCCACGUGUCCCAGCAGGAGAGCUGCUUGCCGUGGUCUCUUUACUCUUACAGGGACCUUUUUCUUUAUUAUUAUUAUGUUUUAUUUUUUUAAUUAAAUUAUUUAAAAGGAAAACUGAUUGGGAUGAAGCAGGCUGUGAGCCCGGAGGGUUCUGCUCUGUGCCAUAGCUGGGGUGUCACACCGACAACACGCCGGCUGGGAUGUGCUUGGUGCGGCCCGUUGGGCAGAGCAGCUGCCCUCCUGCCUGCGUUCAGUUCUGCAGGCUGCUGGGAGCUGAGGUUGUGUGUCACCAAGACAACGAUGGGUGUUCUCCUUCCCCUCCUCACCCCCCCACCUCGGUAACUCGUGUGCAUUUCCUUUCUUUAGAUGCAGAUGUUCUAGGCAAUACCACAGAUGCACCUGUGUGUGUCUCUACCUGCGAGUGCAAGAAUCUCAUGUCAUCUUAAAAAAAAAAAAUACAAAAAAAAAAAUAUACAAAAAAUAUACAAAAAAAAAAAUAUCUUUUUUAGGCCAGAGUUUUCUACAGGUAUUAAUGAAUAUUUUUCUUAAUCCUUAUAAGUUUUAUGUGUUUAAUAUUUCUUAAUACCGGUAGCAUUAAUUUAUACUUUUGUAGCAACACAAUAUUUUUAUAAACCGCCACCGCUGGCUUUGUCUUCAUAACGGGGAAACGUGCGGGCAGCUGGCCCUGCACUGUACCAUGUACUGUAUUUAAAAGGUUAUCUAAUGUCACACUUGCUGUGUUAAUAAACAAAACAAAACCUG